AUGACAGAACUGCCUUUCCGAAUUGCCGUCCCCGAUGACAGUAUCAACAUCUUGAAGAAAAAGUUGGCGUUAACCGUCUUUCCUGACGAACUCGAAGGCGCAGGCUUUGACUACGGUGUGCCACUUGGAGACCUUCAGCAUCUCGUAGCGCGAUGGAAGGACGGCUAUGACUGGAGGAAAUACGAGGCCCAGCUCAACGACGAGCUCCCGCAGUUCACGAGAAACAUCGAAGUCGAAGGGUUUGGAGCGCUGAACAUACACUACGUUCACAAGAAGAGUCAGGUCGUCGACGCCAUUCCUCUGCUCUUCGUUCAUGGAUGGCCAGGCAGCUUCUUUGAAGUGAGGAAGAUUCUUCCGCUCCUAGUGGAGGCCGCUCCAGAUUACCCAAGCUUCCAUGUCGUCGCCCUCAGUCUGCCCGGUUUUGGUUUCUCUGCAGCCCCGACCAAGCCAGGCUUCGCACUCGACCAGUAUGCUGAGCUCGGCAAUAAAUUGAUGUUGGCUCUAGGGUAUAACGAAUAUGUGACGCAAGGAGGAGACUGGGGAUAUACCAUCACGAGGAAGAUGGCACAAGUCUAUGGCCACAAGCACAGCAAAGCAUGGCACACGAAUAUGCAAAUGGCUUCCCCUCCCCAUCCUAUUCGUCAGCCUUUACUCUUCCUGUACGAUAAACUUUUUGGCCACACCGCAGCGGAGAAAGAAGGCCUGAGGAGAUUGCAGCAGUUUCGCGAGAAAGGAAGCGGCUACUUCGUGGAACAGUCGACACAACCCCAGACCCUCGGCUACAGUCUUGCGGAUUCGCCUUCUGGAUUGUUGGCUUGGAUAUAUGAGAAACUUGUGGUUUGGAGCGAUGAUUAUCCGUGGGACGACGAUGAAGUCCUUACGUGGAUCUCUAUCUACUGGUUCUCGCGCGCUGGCCCCACAGCCUCUCUUCGAAUCUAUUAUGAAAUGAACAAAAGUGGUGCAAAUCCGCUUGCGCCUUCAAGCAUAGUCUCGACGACAAUCCCUAUGGGUUAUUCCUACUUUCCGAAAGAGGGUGCCGUAUGGCCGAGGAGGUGGUUGAAGGCACCGAAUCUCGUGUUCGAAUCGGAACAUGAGAGCGGCGGUCAUUUCGCCGCGCACGAGAAGCCGAAGGAAUUAGUUGAUGACAUUCGGAAGAUGUUCGGGAAGGGUGGUCCUGCUUUCGGGGUUGUGCCCGGGAAGACAGGAUAUGCCUGA